GCGGCUGUAGGAUCGGCUGCUCCCGUCGAGCGUUCAGUGAGCGACUGCAGCUGGAGAGACAAUAACAGCGACGCGCGCACAGUAUCCUCAUUUGGACUUGCUAUGGACCAGCAGCACGAUUUACUGAGCUCCUCGCCCAAUACUCACUACAACUCCGGCGAUAACAUGGCUUCUUCCCUCUCUGGAAUGACCAUCAAUGACCACCACCAUAAGGAGAAUGGGCUCGUGAGACCAGGAGACUGUCCAAUGAAAGAGAGCCCUGAGGAUUCAAGAGGGGACGAGAAAGAAGAUCCUGGUGCAGAAGUGGCGAGCGCUGGAGGAAUGGCACCCACAGCUCAAUCCAAGACCAAUGGUGAUGCUGAGAAGAGGGCUCCCAGUAGCAGUAGACCUCAUGCUGCUGGCACAAAGAUUCCUGCCAUGACUGCUGUUGCCAAAAAUGGAAAAGACACCGCGGAGAACAGCGGGCACAGCAGCCCUGGCACUCCUAAAUCUCCUGCUAGCAAGGCUGCGGGCGGGAAGCCUCCAAGCACAGGAAAUGAAAUCAAGAAGGUCGCAGUGAUUCGCUCGACCCCUAAAUCUCCUAAGAACCGUUCGCCUACAUCACUGUCUGCUGCUGCUCCUCUGCCCGAUCUGAAAAACGUUCGCUCCAAAGUCGGAUCCACGGACAACCUGAAGCACCAGCCCGGAGGCGGCCGGAUCCAAAUUCUUGAUCAGAAGGUGGACUUUAGCAAUGUCCAGUCAAAGUGUGGCUCCAAAGCCAACCUAAAGCAUACACCAGGAGGUGGAAACGUAAAAAUUCUUGAUCAGAAGGUGGACUUCACUAAGGUCCAGUCAAAGUGUGGCUCCAAAGACAAUCUCAAACAUGCACCCGGAGGUGGCAAUGUGCAAAUUCUCGAUCAGAAGUUGGACUUAACUAAUGUGCAGGCUAGAUGUGGCUCCAAAGAUAAUCUCAAACAUGUGCCCGGAGGUGGAAAAGUCCAAAUCCUCCACAAAAAGAUUGAUUUGAGCAACGUGCAGUCAAAGUGUGGAUCGAAAGACAACCUUCGUCACAAACCAGGUGGAGGAAACAUUGAGAUCAGGUCUGAGAAGCUUGAUUUCAAGGCUCAGUCUAAGAUUGGAUCUAUGGACAACAUUAAGCAUACACCUGGAGGAGGCAACAGGAGGAGAGAGAAGGACAGAGGGGCAAACACGCCCCAAGAUGAGGGUUUUCUCACCCCAGACCCCUCUGAAACCCCCACCCUGUCAUCUGCCAGUCUGUCCCCAGAGCCCAUCCUCCUCAGCAACCCCCAGAUAAAGAUUGAGGACUCCAAUUGAGUCCCACAAACUGAUGUUCCGUGAGCAGGCCAAAGCGCGAACCGACCACGGCGCAGAAAUCGUGUCCCUGGACGAGUCACCGCAGGG